UUGACAUUUAUUAGAAUUAUUUUGCCGGUACAGCAUUUCACGUCAUAAUCAUUAUUCAUCUACUGCAAGGAUCUUGAAGCAGCUUUGCCUAGUCAUAUUAUCAAAACAUUAUCAUGAAGAAGCAGCGGAAACGAACGAGUGUCAGUCCGGUGUCACACGACACAGAUGCCACCUUCGUGGAGAAGAACGGCCGGACAUACUACACAAGUCGAAAUGGCAAACUCCGGCCGAAUCAGUGGUUGUUCAGCUUCACCAUGGAUAUUCGAGACGACGUGGACGGCUCGCGCACCGGUGGACUAACGGGGCUAAUCUGGCUGAUCAGCCUUCAUGAUGUGCCUAAUACUGUCAUUCCGGUAUUUUUAUCGACAAGAAGUUGGGCAACGAAAUCUGCGCUGAUGUCGGCGCUGUUCAGUGAACGCUCCAUGCCGACACUGUCCGUACAAGGUGACGCGGGACUAUAUAACCUGUUUUUGGACUGGAAAUACAGCCAGUUUAAAGCGACGAACGCCGGACGGAAACAGUCCAUUGCCUGUCUUGGCUUGCAAGACGAUUUCCGCACCGUCGUGCUGUCGCCGGAAGUGAUCUAUUACAUCGGUGAGGACGGCGCGCGACGCAUCCAGUAUCCCAACAGCCAGUACGUCUGGGUUCCGGGAUGCGAGCUGCCGGAGAAGGUCGUCCCUUACACCGGUCCGGAGGAGCCGCCGUUCUUGCUGACACUGCGCCGGCUAUUGCCGAAGAGCACCUUUUACACGUUCCUUUUCAUGCUGGCCCAUUCCUUAGUCAGUAUUAAGUACUGCGCCCUCAUCACGGACCUGUUCGGCAUCCCGAGUGUGGUCGUGGUGGGCAGGCCUGACUCGUGGAAGACCACACUGGCCAACCUAACGCUAAGUUUCUUUGGACGGGAACUGCACACGCUGUGCAACGUCCGCCAGAUAUCGCUGCCGGCACUGCGUGAGCGCUGGCAAAAGCUGCGACUGCCGCACAUAUUCCACGACGUGGCCGAUAUCCCUACACUCCGAGAGGUCAUCCUGGCCUCGUUCGAGCAGCAGCUGCACGUCAACUACCGCACGGUGGACGAGCCGGCACAGCCGACGUCCAGUGUGUUAAUCACCGCCAACGCGGGGAAUGCCGAGGAGCUGGUGCAGUCGGGCACUGACAGAGAACGGCUGACCAGCCGGAUCGUCUUCCUGCAGAUCGACGAGCCAGUCACCGACUGGGACUUUAGCGAUGCGCAGGCAUUUCAACGCGGCAAGGCGUUCGCCGCCACCUACGCUGAGCUGCUGCUGGGACUGCUGUCGCCGGAUUCAUUGAACGGCUUCCUGGCCACGGUGUACGCCACACAAAAGACCUAGGUGCCCGUCAUCCGCAGUCUGGGCGUCGACACUGGCGUCGAGCGCACGGCCCGCAUGUGGUCGAUUUUGUUCACGGUGGCGACAGAAGUGGUGCGGGCGCUGGGGCAUUUGGACGAGUUAGCCGACGGGUUGAAAGAAUGUCUGGCCUCGCAGAUGGCCUUCUCCGCUCGCUACCAGGGACAGGACAGCCACACCGCCCUGGGUCGGCCGUCGGUGGGCCUGCCAGUAGUCGACGACGCCACACUGGCGAAAUGGACCACCGACCUGGUGGAACUGGUCACGAUCUUACGACGCGAGCUGCCGACAGAGGUGGCGACGAUAUUCCGGUCGACUUUCGCGUGCCAGAGCACCGACUGCCUGGCUUUCUCCCGGUCCAACCUGCCGGUUCUCGGGGAGAAAGUCCAUCGCCAGGACUUAGUUGAAUCCGCUAUGCAGUUGGAAGGCGCCGGUGGGAUGCCCAUUACCUAUAGUGUCAAGUUCGACCUGACGAAGGCCACGGGAACGUACCAGCAGCACCGGGCCAUUCUGGUGCCGCGCUCGCUGUUCAGUAAUGAGCAGCUGCAAUCGCUAGAUGGGAUUCGGUCAGACAUUAAUAAAGAGAACGAAGUGUAAUUACUGUGUGUCAUGCAUGUUAU